AUGUCCGGCACCAAAGAGGAGGACCGCAAAGGCUCGAGCGAGUGGCGGGAAUUCUUCUGGAACCCGCGAACUCAUGAGCUGCUGGGCCGAACCGCCACGAGCUGGGGUCUGAUCCUGCUCUUCUACCUGGUCUUCUACCUAUGCCUGGCAGGAAUGUUUGUUCUCACCAUGUACAUCAUGCUGCUGACACUCGACGACUACAAACCCACCUGGCAGGACCGCCUGGCCACUCCAGGGAUGAUGAUUCGUCCAAAGGGCGAUCAGCUGGAAAUCACUUUCUCGGUCUCGGAGACUGAGAGCUGGGACGGCUUCAUACACAACCUCAACACCUUCCUCUCUCCAUACAACGACAGCUACCAGGUUCAGACCAAUGAUAACUGCUCGCCAGAUCAAUACUUCAUUCAAGAGGACAGUGGAGAGGUGAGGAACAAUCCGAAGCGUUCCUGUCAGUUUAAUCGGACUAUAUUGGAGGAGUGUUCUGGGAUUUCGGAUCGUUUCUAUGGCUACAACAGAGGUCAGCCCUGCAUCCUCAUCAAACUGAACCGGGUGAUCGGUAUGUACCCGGGGAAGGACGGCCAGUCUCCUUAUGUCACCUGUGGUGCCAAGAGGGAGGACAGUGAUAAGAUCGGGCCUCUGGCGUAUUAUCCUCCUAAUGGGACCUUCAAUCUCAUGUACUACCCCUACUACGGCAAGAAGGCUCAGGUGAACUACACUCAGCCACUGGUGGCCGUGAAGUUCCUGAACGCCUCCCUGAACACGGACAUCAACGUCGAGUGUAAAAUCAACUCCAACACUCUCGCCGUCGGCAGCGAGAGAGACAAGUUCGCCGGACGGGUCUCCUUCAAACUACGAAUCGACGACAAAUAGACACACCUGCAAAACACACACACACAUUUACACACACAUGUUGAAGCUGCACUAACUCAGAUGUUUAGUGAAACCAGUGAGUCUGUCCUCGUCCGCACAGUUUCCCCGUUAAAGCCUCAAACUGACCUGUUCACUUUUCAUACAGAAUCUUUUUUAUUCCAGCUUCACGACGCGUUCACUGACAGUCUGAAUUAUUUUGUCACACGAUCCCCCGUAGCCGUGCAGACACAUAUUUUGCAUUUUGUCAUUUUCUGUGAUGUGAUCCUACGACAGCCUCAGUGCAGUUUUAACUCGAACACACCCCGACCCUGAAACGGACCAAUCAGUAUGCACACACGCUCUGAUGUCACCGCCACUGAGGAAGAGCCUAAAGAACGACAGACGAUCUAUCGUCCUAUCAAUCUGCAUGAAUCAAAAACCAAAUGAUUGAUUAUUUACUCAUGUCUUUAUUUAUGUAUGUAUUAUUUGUUCCUUUAUCUAUUUGGGUUAUUUAUGAUAACUUUAUUUUUUACAACGUUGAAAACAUCACAGAUCAAAGUUUAGAUUGCAGAAAGUCAGUUUAACAAACUUCUGAUGGGUUUCUGUAAAUGUGACAUCGGGUAUGACUGGCUCUGACUGGCUGUUCAGAAACCAGUUUAGCGGUUCCCACAAAUCUGGUUUUAUCGGUCGGUUCGGAAACAAAACAAACAAGCACUAAAAUCAGUUCAGAGACUAAACAACAAGCCACAAGAGAAACCAGUUUAGAAAACAGUCCUAAACCAUUUUAGCUUAGAAACACUACAGAGUUACAGAGAUGUCACAGACCACAUCGAAGGAGAAACCAGUUCAGAGACACAUCUACAUAUUGACAAAAUGUCACAAGCCAUUUGAGAAAUUCGUUAAUGAACCAGAACAGAAACCAUAUCAUAACUAGUUCACAAUCCAGAAACAGUUGACAAACUGUUACUGGAUUCUGGAACCAGUUUAAACAAUCAGCAUAAACAAGUUGGGGACUGGAACAGAAACCAGUACACAAACCAUAUCAUUUAUAGUUCAGAAUCAGAACCAGUUCAGAAAUCAGGCCAGAAACCAGUUCAUCAAUCUAAACACUGCUGAGUUCAGAAGCUUGAACAGGAACCAUAUCAUAAUAGCGCAGAAACCAGUAAGAGUUGAUCACAAACCAUUUCAGAAAUCAUAGCAGAAACCAGAACACAUAUCAGUUCCGAAACCAGUUCAGAAAUCAGGGCAGGAAGUAGUUCCUCAAUCUAAACACAAACCACAUCCUAAAUAGUUCAGAAACCAGUAACGGUCGAUAAACCAGAUCAAAUCCACCUCAGAAAUUAUGCCAGGAACCAGUUCAGAGGCUGGUCUGUCUCUCUCGGCCACCUCUUUAGUUGCCACGGAAGCAGGCGAAACCGAUUGUAGCUCUAGUAACCAUGGCAGCAGUGUUGUUGUUUGAUGUCAUAUAUUUUGUUGUUUUUCCUCUUUCAUCUGUAUUUUUUCUUUGUUGGUGCAGCAGAUUGGUUCUUUAGUUAAUUAGAUAAGUCAUUAGCGGAUAACUUAACGAGUUAGUGAAUUUAAUUAAUUGGGUAGUUAAAGAGUUAGGAAGUCUUUAUUUGUUUACAUGUUUGUUUUUGUUUACUAUUGUCAUCGUGGGGCUGAGUAGGACAACAGUUACCGUGACAACCGGGCCACGUGACACACGCACACUUUCUCCUCACCCGUCAAUCACUCUGUCGUGCCACGUUGAAACGCCGCUCCCGCACCUGCACUGCUCUCUACCAAUCGUCUUCCUUUAAAGAUGGAUCAGCCAAUCAGACGGUCCCGCCGCAAGAUGUCAUAUGCUUUUACUCGUUUGUGAUUGGUUUAUUUCUCCUGCCUGAAAAUGUCCUCGUGUUUAACA